UUAUAUAUAAUGUUGUUGUACUUCACCUACUUCACCACUAGAGGUCCAACCUUAACUACUCCCCUUUAAUCCAGGGGAAAACAGUAGGCAUUGCUGGAACUCCGAGGAAUAAAUGUAAAGUGUAAAUGUAGCUAUUUUUCGAUGACGAACGCAUCCGUUUUUGCGUUUGCAUUUGUCUGCCUAAUCUACGUGACUCUUAGCCUCCUAGCCACGCCCACUACCCCACUGCCUCGCGCACAUUCCAGACUGGAGGUCUAGACUUUGAGAUACUCUGCACUCUACUCACAUUUAUUCUUUUCUUAAUAAAGAAAAACCUCACCCACGAUCCGGAGUCAUCAUUUUACAGCUUCUGUAUUAUUAUCAUUAUUAUUAUUGUUAUUAUUAUUGAGUAUGGGAAAGAUGCGCGCGCUCGUGACCCUCCUCAUAGUCGCCAGGCUGCGCUUUGCGCACCAGGAGGUUAUAGAUGACAUUUUGGACAGUUUGUCUAAAGGAGUGAAUUUUUUUGAGCAGCAGAGCAGGAACAUGAAUCUGGAUGGUGUUACUGGUUAUGUCAUCCUACAAGCCCAGUUACAGGAAGCAAUGAAAUCUCAGACCAAUUCAGAUUCUCUAAACUUCUCUCAGCGCUCCAUCGCUAUGUCUCUGGUAAAAAAACUGGACAGGAGUUUGGCUCUUGCUGUCGCAUCUCUUCAGGAGAUGGAUCCUAAAUAUUACAAAGAGUUUGAACCCGUCUUGUCAGCAUCUUUCUGGUCCUUGCCUCGUGAAUGGAUCUCCACAGACCCGUCCCUCACGUACGCGUCGCCAAGAUCUGUUGAGUGUUACGACGAGCAGCUCGGGGAUAAGUGCAUGACGCUGCUUCUGGGAACCUGGAAAGACAACGGGACACCGUGCAUCGUCACGAAGGCCUGCAGGGACACUAUGACGCGAUUUGGGUGUCCACAUUAUUCUCUGUCUCACCAGCUGCUCUACUUCAUGAUCGGGACCAUGAAAGGAUGUACCAGGAUGCUGAAGGGGGAAGUGAGGCUCUCGCAGGUCAACAUCACUGUGGAACACUAUCAGAGGAUUUUCUGCUCAAACAUGAUGAAGAGCAACCAGGAGAUCAGCAUUAAGGGCAUCACUGAGCAAACACAAGAUAUCUUCAUUGAGAACAUUCUUUUAUGUGGGCUGGCUGGAUUCUCUGACUUUUAUAAAGCCACCUGGCUGCAGCACAUUCUGGCCUGGCAGGACAAAAAGCUGGGCUGUUUCGGGAAAGAUGAGGACGACUCACAAAUGUUUGAGGAAUAUUUGGAUGCAGUGCACAAGCGAGUGAAGAGAAGGGAGAAAACUCUGAAAGAUGGAUGCUCGAGUCACACGACAGGCGUGGCCAUGAGCGCGCUGGGCGGUUACCUCAACUUUUACCUGUCUGAGCAAGACACUACAAAACGACCACUGGUGUAAACACACAAACACACACACACACACACACACACAUAUACACAGUCAAUUGAAAAAAUAAGUACAUCCCAUGGAAAUUAUUGGCUUUCUUGACAUAUUUGGACAAGCAAACAUUUCAUCCUCUUUGAAACAAUGCCUAUUAAUAAAGGGGAUACACUGACACAUAAAACGGACAUUUUGUAGUAAUUUUCACAAUUUAAAUGAACAAAAAACAGAUCAAUCACAUGGAAAAAGUAAGU